CGGCGGGUUCCGCUGAUGGCCGCGGGGCCCGCGGCGCUGCCGGUGCCGGUGCCGCUGCCGGUGCCGCUGCUGGUGGCGGCGGCCCGGGAGGCGCUGGCGGCCGCUCCCGGGGCCGGGCGGAGGCGGCGGCUGCCCGCGGCCCGGGCGCUGCACGCCGCCGGGGAGGUGCUGGCGGUGGCGGCGGGGCUGAAGCCGGCGCUGCUGUGGGACUGCGGUGCGGCGGGCCCGGCCGAGCUGCGGCGGUACCUGUGCCGGCUGCGGGAGGCCGGGCUGGCCGCGGGCCGCCUGCACGUCCUGGCCAUGGGCGGCUCGGCGCUGGUGCUGCGGCCGGGGCCGGCCCGCGGGCGGCUCCGCGCCCUGCUCCGCGCCCGGCCCGCGCCGCUCGUGGACGUGAGCGCGGCGCGGCGGCGCCCGGGGCUGUGCGGGCCCGAGCGCGCCCGGGCCGUGCGCGGACACCUCUCGGCCCUGCUGGAGCACCUGAGCCAGGCCGAGGCCGCCAGCGCCGAGCCCGUCACCGCCAGCGAGGUCGUCCCCGGCGACUGGAACCUGUGCACCGUGGCCGGGGUGCUGCUGGGCUACCCCGCCGUGUACACCUUCGCCGAGGGCGCCGAGAACUGCCUGGCGCUGACCCCGCUGAGGGUGUUCACGGCCCGGGCCUCCUGCCCGCGGAUAAAGGACGGGCUCCGGGUGCAGAUCUACUCCUUCAGCGUGCCGGAGAGCCUGUGCGCGGAGCUCGGGGACGUGCUGGAUGCCUGGUGCCGGGAGCUCAGGGAGGCGUUCAGUGCCCAGAGGGAUUUUGUGGAUCUCUGCAUUUCGAGCGAGGUCGUGUCUCUUCCAGCGGUUGCCUUGUAAAACACGAACAUACUCAGCCUUUUUAGCCUCCUCACUGCAUCAGGGGCCGAGACAGAAGAUGCAGUUCCCUCUUUGUGCUGUCCCCUGCAUCUCUCGUGGUCCUUGAGCACUGGAGGCUGAAUUGUGACAGUCACUGCAGGCCGGUGGCAAAACCAGGUCCAUGUUCUUUAACAAACACAAGUGUGCAGAGCUGUGUGCUCCCAGCUGCUCCACUGCCUCCGUCCUGCCUGCACCGCACCCUGCAAUGUCAGUGUGCAUUUAUUUGCAGUGGGCAGCUGAAGAUGAAUAAAUUAUUUGAACACCA